UCAUGUUUGUAAACACGCCGCAGUAAAAAGAAAAACAAAGACGUAAUAAGUGGAAAAUACUAAAAUUUUCAAUAAAAACUAAAUUAAAAAAUAAUAAAAACAUUAAUAAACUAAAUAUAACAGAGAUAUUUAAAAAUAUUAAGUGAAGUAUAGAAAUUAAAUAUUACAAUAAAAAAACAAGAUAAUUUCAUCAUAUUUUAGUGUGACGAAAAAAUUUUAUUUCAAUAGCGAUAUGUAAUUAGAGUUUUGUUGUUGUUUUUUUAACACAAGAGAAAGUGUGGAACACGAAAUCAAAAAGUGUGCGAAGUAAUUUGUUUCUUUCCCAGAAAGGGGGUGUUACAAGGGCAAAAGGGUCGUCGUAAUCGUCGUUGUCGUGAUUUCGUAAAGGAAUUUGUCAUAUUUUGCGUGAAUCAUAGAUUGCAAAUUAGAAUCAACAUGCUGAAAAGUGUGUAAAAAUUACUAUUAAAUUACAUGAAAACCAAAUUGCCAAAAAAAGGAUACAAAAAUAAAAAACUAAAAAAUUCAUUUUAAAUGUUUGCAAUGAAAUAAUGCUGAUAUUGUUGUAAGAAGGAGUUUCAGCAAAACAGAUGCGCUCGCUAAUGUGGCAUUGCAGUUUUGGCGAACAAGGUGCAAAACAGGCGAAACAAAAGUGGUUUGUCAACUUGUGGCGUCGUCAACUGGUAGCCAAAUAACCAAACAACCAGCCAGCCAGUCAGCAGUCAACCCUGUACCUAAAGUACAGGAAUAAGAAAAAAAAAUUCGAAAAAAAAUAUAAUUGAAAGAACUAAACAAAAAAACUACAAGUACGAAUUAAAAGAACAGUUGCAUUGUGUCAACAACGGUGGCUAGAAGGAGUAGUGUAAACGCAGUUAGUAUAACAUUUUUAAUUGGCCUCAUCAUCAUCAUCAUUGCCUAAAACUAAAUUCUGGAGGAAUAAAGAGACAGCAGGAAAAACUUAUUUGUUCUUAAUAAUUCCUAAAACAUUGUCCGUUCAUUGUAAUUUCUAAAUUAUAAUUAUAAUGGCCACUGUGACGCGUAGUGCUAGUAACAGUCCCUUGAUAUCAUUGACUUCACCCUUGGAUCCUAGUUUGUUUCCAUUAAAAUCCAUCAAUGAUGUUGUGAAUUUUUUUAAACGUUCAUUGGAACUGUACCAUACACAAAAUGUGGAGCCCGAUUUGACAUUGUUAUCAAUUGUAGCUGGCUACAUUGAAUUGUCUCUUACGACUGGAGAUGCUGCCCAAGCAGCUGCAGCAUCAGCUGCCGAACAUGCCUCAGCAAGCUCAUCCUCAUCAGCAGUAACACCAUCAUCUUUGGUUGGUAUUGUGGGCAGUGGUUUAUCAGCGGCAGCCCAUAAUGAUAUAAUAACAGGAAAUUCUGUACCCUUUCCCGAAGUUACUUACGAACUGGUGUCGGGUCUUUACAAAAAAUUUCAAAGUAUUCUCUCUAUAGUCGAGAAACCAAAAGUAUCAUCGACCUGCAAUAGCCGACAAGCUACUAGGGAAGUUAUUAAAAAGGUAUCAGAUGUUAUCUGGCAUUCCUUGAUACGCAGCAGUUAUAAAGAUCGUGCACACUUACAAAAUCUUUAUAGUUACUUGUCGGGUAAUAAGUUGGAUUGCUUCGGUGUCGCUUUAGCUGUUGUAGCUGGUUGUCAACUCUUGGGCUAUAGAGAUGUGCGUUUAGCUAUAUCGGAGGAUCAUGCCUGGGUUGUAUUCGGUAAUAAACGUUUGGAAACUAUAGAAAUAACUUGGCAUGGUAAGGGCAGUGAGGAUAAACGUGGCCAGGAUAUAACUUCAGGCAUAGAAUCGGGCUCAUGGUUAUAUUUAGGGGGUCUGGCAGUGGUAUGUGAUAAACCCAUGGAGGUUGCAGCUAUAGCAUCGGCUAUAAACAUUUCUUUAUCGGCGAAUAGUGAUUGCGUGGAAGUACAAGAACUACAGCAAAGAUUAUUGUGGUUACUCUAUGAUAUGGGUCAUUUAAGAAAAUAUCCUAUGGCUUUAGGCACUCUUGGUGAAUUGGAAGAAAUAAAUCCUACCUCAAAACGAGUAACCUGUGAUCAACUUUAUCGAGAGGCUAUUGAAUCGGCCAAGGCUCAUUAUAAAAAUCAUCAUGUUUAUCCCUAUACCUAUCAGGGUAACUAUUUCAAUCGUCUAAAUAAAUAUCGUGAGGCUUUUGCCGCUUGGGCUAAUGCGGCCGAUGUUAUACGCUUGUACACGUAUCAGUGUCGCGAUGACGAAGAAAUCUACAAAGAACUUUUGGAUAUAGCUAAUGAAAUGAUACCGUAUGUUAUGAAAACCGAGAGUUCCGGUCAUUCCGCUCGUAGCAUAUUACGUGAUUCUGAAGUAUUUGCAAAUCUAUUACGAUUUUAUGAUGGCAUUUGUCAGUGGGAAGAGGAUAGUUUAACGCCUAUUCUACAUAUUGGUUGGGCUAAACCGCUGGUGAAUAAUAUAUGUAAAUUUGAUUAUGAUGUACGUUCUCAGGUUGUUAUUAAAGUACCCGAAGAUGAACCGCAGGCGGUUCGUGGUUCGAAUGUACAAACAACAGCUGAACAACAGCAGCAACAUCGUGAUCAUGAUGAGACUACAAAUGAGGCUAAAGCACAAAAGGCGAACGCAGGUGACAUGAGUUCGUCACAGCAUAUCGAGGGAAAUAAUAAUUUAGUUAAAAAGGAAGAGAAAUGCAAUGAUGGUAAAAAAUGUGAAAUGCCAACAACAUUGGCCGAUUUAACAGCAGCAUGUGGAGAAAAAAUCCUAAAUCCCGACUUCCUGCUACAAGGCGGCGGACAACCAUUUGCAGAACAACAAAAACUUAACAAUCAACAUGACGAGACCACCAAUGGUACAGAUAAAAAAGCAAAAACUCCAAAAAAUGAAGCAACAACAUCAUCACUAAACGAUACAACAACAAAAUCAAACACCCUAACAGACUGUAAUAUGAGCAAUACGCGAUCGGAACAAUCAUCAUCGUCGUCGUCAGCAUUAAUACCAACUCUAACGACGGCGCCCUCACCGACACCUGUGAUAGACGAAGAAGAUCCUUUGCACUAUAUGUUCAAGAGACCAGUUAUAACAUUGUAUAGUCAAAAAAUGAAAGGCUUAAAAGAUUUGCUCUUGGCGGAGAAAUUAAAUACACAUGCGAUAUCGCUGCAAGUUACCGCACAAUCGGUGGCAAGCAAAAAGAUUCGAGGCGUUGAUAAACUAGGUAAUCAUACUACAAAUUCAACAUAUUCAACAGUUAAUCUAUCAAGUACUACAGAUUCCUCAACAGCGGGCGAUUCAAUUGCAGUUUCAAGGCCUAAACGUACACGAAGGGAAUGAGUUCAGUGUAAUAACUGCUGCUGUGACAGCGGGCUGUGCCAGUGAUUUUUAAUAUAUUUUUAACAGCAAUUACUUUUAUACAUAUCGUUCAUUUACUUAAAAUCUAAAAAAAGUAUAAUCUAAAACUUCAGAAUCUAUCAAUUUUAAAUUAUCUUCAUGUAAAUGAGCGAUACGUUUUUUAAUUAUAUUUAUUUAUAACUUUAAACAGAUUUAAAGCUUUGUUUGGAAAUCUUCAUUCAUCUAAUUAUAUGUUAAUUAAUAUAACAAUCACAUGAACAUAAUUGGAAUUGUUGAGAUUUGAGUGGGAUUUUCAAGUCAUUUGACCCUGAUAGCUAGAGUUAUAAAACGGCAAAUAACUUUGGGUUAGGUUGUUAGGAGAAUGGUUAAAGGUGCCAUGUCCACCUUUUAAAGGCAUCAUAGAUCAGUCGGCUGUAUUAUGGAUCCAUGAUUUAGUCGAAUAUGUUGUUUUCACUAAUUAUGCGCAGCUUUUAAGGCAUUCCUGAUGUCAAUUAUCCUGCUGUUUUUUAGUCUAAAUAAUACUACACCCUUUUGACUUUAUAAAGGUAAUACCAAAUUCCUCCGGAAACUCAAUACAAUCUUUAUACUGGAGGAGAUAUCUUCCACAGAUCUUAGAUUAACGGAUAAAAAUCUAAUUUCCUCGAGAAAUGUCGCCUGCUGCAAGAAUGAUAAAUUAAAUAUUACGCCUAGCGCCUGAUUUACCGUUAUAUGACGUAGUUGUUCCCUUUUAAAGGUAUGUGACAUAAUGUAGUUCUAUCUGUGUUAUCAUAGGCUUUUCCUAUGUCGGUACAGACUCCAAUUGUAUGAUUUCCAUUCGUCUUGAGUGCUUCAAUUCUGUUUAUUAUAUCGUUUAUACAGUUUAAUGUUGAUAUGUUCUUUCAGGAAUCAUCUCUAUUCUAUUCAAAUUGUUCCUCAAUUUUCAGUUUUAUCAGAUGUUUUGGGUCUUUUACAGUAACCGACAUAAGACAUAUCUUUGUACUUUUUAGGAACCGGACAUGCUGUUAUCUUACGCCAAUAUUCCGGGAAAAUCAGCAUAUUAAAACAGCUUUUAUAUUCUUCUCAGACAAAUUAAGUAAUAUGCGGUACGAUAUUCCAUCAACUUCGCAGCUGAAUCGGGAUUUCUGGUAAUAUGCAAAAUCAUCAUAACAAAAUGGAGGAGUGAUAGAGUCCAAAACACGAAAGAAUUUUUACCUUCUUAUGAAAAUCGACACUUGAAUACUUUUUCAAAUUUGAUUCGAAUCCGUGGUAGCUAAAAAGUUUAGGGUGUGCGGACAACAUCUUAAAUGAGCAGGAAGAUACAUAUUUUUUGAUAUCGUCAUUAUGGCAAUCGAACUCAUCGACUUCAUUUAAGUUAUCCACUGAGUCAUAAAAACUCUCAAUUCCAUAAUCUUUAAAAGUUUUUAUGAAAUUUGACACAUUGUCUGUCACUGUAAUAACUAUUUUUUCUAUUAUUGAGGUUGUAACCAUUGUAUAUUUCUUCGAUAAUUUCAUUUAUUUUUACAUAGGUAUGGGAACCUGUAAAUCUUUUACAGUCUAAAGUCACAGACUUUCUUUCAAAACAUGCAUUUAUCCAAUGGCACGUAUAACCAAAGAAUGGCCGAGUAUUGAUUGAUCAAAUGUCUGCUGUUGUACAUAUAUUACCCGCUUUUUCAAGUUCUAACUUGAUUUUAAUUUUCAGAUUCAAAAAUUCUUCCUCUGCCACUUUAGAUGGGCAAUAUUGUCAUUGUUAUUCAGUCCUUUGUCUGAAAUUUCAUUAGUUUUGUCUAGCUGAUCCGACUUAUCCUCGGUCACUGACGAAUUCUUAAGCAUCUGGCUUGUUUUUCUUCGGAUUUUUUUCCUUCAACAGAAUUAUCUCGUUUAUAUGCCGGAGGGCCUUUGCAUUCGACAUCACCCAUCUUCCUCUUCUCCAUCAAAAUGCUUCAAUUUAAAUUUUACAGGUAUUAAAUAAAAAUUGCUGAAUUUGGAGAAAUGUUUCCUUUACAUAUUUAAGAUUGUGAAUUUGUUCACAAAUUUUUAUCAAGUUAGCUUUGCCCGACCAAAAUGGCUUUAUCGACAAGCUUCUUGUUGUGACCUUACGGUAAUAAAACACACGUUCUUAUAUUAAUGAAGUGUUGUAUUUUAAACAGC